GGUUGAUUUGUUUUUAACAAACCGGAAGUGAACUCAGAAACUUGUGUUGGGCAUGUGUUUGGUUACAUCGCUUUUGUUGUGAUACUUGUUCAUUAAGCAUUAUAAGCGAUGCCGAAAUACUACUGUGAUUAUUGUGACACCUACCUAACCCACGACUCGCCAUCUGUGAGAAAAACCCAUUGUAAUGGAAGAAAGCACAAAGAAAAUGUGAGGUUGUACUAUCAGAAGUGGCUGGAAGAGCAGGUCCAGAAGCUUGUUGAUGAUACCACUGCUGCCUACAAAGCUGGAAAGAUUGCCAACAACCCAUUCCAAGGCGGUGCACCCCCUACAGGAGGGGCUAUGAUUCCACCACCCCCAUCAACGAUGAAUUCAGAUUUUUCAGCAACUCGUCCAAAAGCUCCAGUGGUUCCCCCUCCUGCAGGUCCAAUGAUGGGUCCUGGGCCAAUGCCAGUGAUGGGACCACCAGGCCCUAUGGGUGGACCACCUAUGAUGCCAGGUAUAAGACCGGGGAUGGGGCCUCCAAUGGGACCACCCAUGAUGAUGCCCAUGGGCAUGCGACCCCCUCUGAUGGGAGGACCUCCUCCAGCCAAAAUGAUGAGAAACUGAUAACCAUAGUUCUUGCACAGACAGGAUUGCCUGUGGAUGCCUGUUCAGGAUUUCUUUGUACUUUUUUUUUCUUUUUAACUUGUGUGAGUGUGUGAGAGAGAGAGAUGGGGUGAGCAAGAGAGCAAAAUAAAAGAGGGGAUAGAGGAUGCCCUUUUACGACAUUAUCAUCUAUUUUACCUCCUUCAGUGACAAAUUGGCAGAUAAGGAUUGUGUGGAUUAACUGCAAACGUUUUGUCCUGGAGCUGGCUAACACUGUGCAGCAGAAGGGCUCCAUACCCUUAAGUGAUCUUGAUUGUUUGGCUGAUAGAUUUCUAGGUUGGGAGACUGCUUGCACCACAAUAAUUAAAUGUUACUUUUUCAUUGGUCAUCAUGGCCAACAUUACAUUCAAGUUUGUUGCUUAUAGUGAAAACAUCAUCACUGUGACAAACUAUGACCUUUCAUGUCAAUUAACAUUGAAUGCAAGAAUUCGUUUUGGUGCCAUGGCAAGUAUGAGGACUUUCUCUCCACUGAUGCAUGAAAAUAUAGUUCAAAGGGGUAAAACCUUUCUCAUAGUGAUGUGUUCACCUUCAUUUGAAAUAAAUGUUGUGGCACUGCCAUUAUGUUUGGUAUGGUAAUGAGUUGUAUUAUUCUUUUGAUGCGUUUUUAAUGUAUUUUAAAGAAGUUGAAAUAUAUAUUAGCAUCAAGAA